CCUCUUUUGAUCUUUGCUUCUCUUUCUCAAAAAAUUAAAAAACCUUUUGUACAGCAAUUGGCUAUAGAAAAGUGGCCAAUUUUGGGCUUUCAGUAAGUAGAGUGCCGCCAUAUCAUCAUCUUCUCCGUCACCCGACCCGUACACUUUUCAGUAUAUAGAAAUUGAACUCUUCCCUUUAUUUACAAGUAACCCAUUUAAUUUGUUUGCCAUUAUUUGUUGUACAGAAAUGGGGAGCUCAAAUGCAGCUGGAGUAACGGCCAUCGGCUCUGAUGAAGGCGGCGCCUCCACCACCCAUGAUACUGACAUUGACAUGGCUGAUAUUAAAGCUGAGCCUCUUGACUCUUCACCGCCUCCUUCAUCCCCUUUUCAAGAAGGUGAAAAAGUUCUCGCCUUUCAUUGCCAACAGCUCUAUGAAGCUAAGGUUCAAAAAGCUGCGUACCAAAUAAGGGAGUGGAGAUAUUGUGUUCAUUAUCUUGGUUGGAACAAAAGCUGGGAUGAAUGGGUGGGCAUAGAUCGAUUAAUGAAACACACAGAAGAGAAUGUUCAGAAGCAGCAGGAGCUUAGGAAAAAACAGGAUACAGAUAAGAAUGGGAAGGCUGCACGUGGAUCACAAAUGAAAACAAAAGGCUCUACAGGGGGAAGAGGCAGAAAGCGAAAGACUGAUACUCCGCAGAAGGACAAGGAUGGCCCUCCUCCAGAAAAGCUUGUCAAUAUCCAGAUACCGCCACAAUUAAAGAAACAGCUGAUUGAUGACUGUGAAUUUGUCAACCACUUGGGCAAGCUCGUCAGACUCCCUCGUUCUCCAAAUGUAGAUGAAAUACUGGAGAAAUAUCAUGACUAUCGGCUGAAAAAGGAUGGAGUGAUAUCUGAUUCUGUUGGAGAGAUUCUUAGUGGUUUGCAAUGCUACUUCAACAAAGCACUGCCUGCUAUGCUCCUUUACAAAAACGAGCGGGAACAGUUCCAAGAAUCGAUCAAAGAAGAUGUCUCACCUUCCUCUGUGUAUGGAGCUGAGCAUUUAUUACGGCUCUUUGUUAAGUUGCCGGAGAUUCUGUUCUAUGCAAGUAUUGAAGAUGAGACAUUAACAGAGUUGAAGCAGAAGUUGCAAGAUUUUCUCAGAUUCCUGCAGAAGAACCAAAGUGCAUUUUUCCUGUCGACAUACCAUUCUGGAGACGAUUCUGGUGUGGCUGUCAUGAAACAGGAAAACUGAGUUGGAACCUUUCUCCUUCAGUCCUUCUAGUGUAUAUUCUUCUGUAUCACACCUAGUAAUGUAUAUUCUCUGGUCUCCAGUGCACAACUUUAUGUUGUAUUACUAGGCCUGUAACUAGUUAUUUUUGCUAAUUAUUGUCUGUUGAAGUGGCUAUGCCGAUAUGUUCUGGCUCUUGAAAACAGUUACCUAAGUACCCAAACUAAACUUUUAUUAUGUUAGAUAUGAGAAAAAAAAUUGUCCUGC